CAACCACAACAACAACACUCUCUCUUUAACGAGACGUUCGGGGCGACACAUCGUCAUCAUCAUCUCUCUCUCUUUGUGGGAUGCUCGGAGUCACCACCAUUACAUCAUCGACCCCCACACAGACCAUCAGGGCUCCAGAGCUUCACGUUCAACCGGGAUCCCGAUCAUUUGGACGGAGCGGCUGCAGCUCUCUAGGGGGGGGGGUGGAAAGGCUAAUAUAUUAUAUAUAAAAACAAUGUAUGCGGGGGUGAUCGCGCUUCAAUGAGCGCGGAGGAGAGGAGGGGGAGAGGAGGAUAGACGUGCACCGUCAUCAGCAUCUGUCCGCCAGCAGCUCCCCUUUGUGUUCGCCGGAGAGCGUGAAUGGCGAGAGAUGACAUGGCAGAGGUAGAUGUGGUACCGGGCGGAGGAGCGGAGCCCCCCGGAGAGGCGGCUUCCUCCUCCUCCUCCUCCUCCUCCUCUUCCUCCUCCGCGGUGGUCCCCUACGAGGAGUACGAGUGCAAGAUCUGCUACAAUUACUUCGACCUGGACCGCCGCGCGCCCAAGAUCCUCGAGUGCCUGCACACGUUCUGCGAGGAGUGCCUGAACGCGCUCCAUCUGCGCGAGGAGCGGCCGUGGCGCAUCAGCUGCCCCGUGUGCCGCCACCGGACCCCGGUGCCGGACUACCGGAUACAAAACCUGCCCAACAACACCAAGGUGACGGCGGACUUCCCGUUGUACAUCGACGCGGACCCGUUGCCCCAGGACGCGCUGCCGCCGCACCCUCCCCCGCUGCACCCGGCGCUCGUCGCCCUGCGCCGCGAGGAGGCGUCGUCGUCGGGUGGGGGCGCGUCCACCACCGUGUCCACCGCCACCACCCUCUCCCAGGACUCGGUGCGCUACGACGGCUGCCAGAGCUGCAAGAGGGUGGCGCUGACCACCGGCUGCGUGUGCGUGAUCUUCUCCUUCCUGUCCAUGCUGGUGCUGCUCUUCAUGGGCCUGAUCUUCGUGCACAGCCACAGCAUCCCGGCGUCGCCGGCGGGGCCCAUUUGCCUGUCGGUGGCCAGCAUCCUGGCCAUGUUCUCGGUGGUGGUCACGUGGCUCAUCUGCUGGCUCAAGUACAGACCGGACCACGAGGCGGGCCACCGAUCGUCCGCCACCGGCAACAACCGGAGAAACGCCUGACUGUGGGUGGUGUGCACUGAUUCUCCCUUUCCCCCCUUUCCUAGGAAUAAAGUCUCGUCCGAAAAUGGCCUUUUUUCCCUUCUCAUAUAGCAAACACCCAGAAGGCCUUGCGUGUU